UCAUUCACAUCUGACUGUGGUUGUCUUCUGAAUUUUGUCUGAAGGUACCCUCUUGCUUUCUCAGCAAAUCAUGGACAUCGUUGGCUUUCUGAAGUCGCAAUUCAUUUGCCACCUUCUGAUCUGCUACAUAUUUAUAGUGUCAGGACUGAUCAUUAACUUCAUUCAACUCUUUACACUUAUACUUUGGCCAAUCAACAAGCAACUGUUCAGGAGGAUCAACUGCAGGCUGGCUUACUGCAUUUCAAGCCAGAUGGUGAUGUUGCUGGAAUGGUGGUCAGGCACCGAUUGCACCCUUUACACUGAUCCAGAGAGUUACCACAAGUACGGGAAGGAGAAUGCCAUCGUAAUCCUUAAUCACAACUUUGAAAUUGACUUUCUCUGUGGUUGGAACUUUUGUGAGAGAUUUGGGGUCCUGGGGAGCUCCAAAGUGCUUGCAAAGAAGGAGCUCUCCUACAUGCCUAUCAUUGGCUGGAUGUGGUAUUUCCUAGAGAUAGUCUUCUGCAAGCGCAAGUGGGAGGAAGAUCGGAAAACAGUCGUACAGAAGUUGCUCAAUCUCCGGGACUACCCUGAAAACUUUUGGUUCCUGAUUCAUUGUGAGGGCACAAGGUUCACAGAGCAGAAGCACCAGAUCAGCAUGCAGGUCGCUGAAGCCAAGGGUCUGCCCAAGCUCAAGUACCACCUCCUGCCACGAACAAAAGGAUUUGCUGUCACCGUGCAGUGUUUGAGAAAUGUAGUUUCUGCAGUCUAUGAUUCUACCCUUAAUUUUAGAAAUAAUGAAAAUCCAACAUUGCUGGGAGUUCUAAAUGGAAAGAAAUAUCACGCAGAUUUAUACGUAAGGCGGAUUCCACUAGAGGAUAUCCCAGAAGAUGAGCAGGAAUGUUCUACCUGGCUCCACAAACUCUAUCAAGAAAAGGAUGCAUUCCAGGAACAGUAUUACCGCACAGGAACCUACCCAGCAGUCCCUACAAUACCACCUCGCCGACCAUGGACACUUUUGAACUGGCUUUUCUGGGCCUUAUUGCUGCUAUAUCCUUUGUUCAAGCUGCUCAUCAACAUGAUCAACAGUGGGUCAUCACUGACACUGGCUAGUUUUGCAUUUGUCAUUAUAAUAGCUUCUGUUGGUGUCAGAUGGAUGAUCGGGGUUACAGAAAUUAACAAGGGCUCCACCUAUGGCAACAAUGACAACAAACAGAAACAAAAGUAGCACCUUCAGAGACUGCUUCAAUCCAAAGGGAACAAAUGCAACCGCUGAAAACUCUUAAGUUCGUAUCACGGUCCUUGCAAGAGAGAUCAGAGGAUGAGUAAUUGCCGUGCAUAUCUGAAUUUGUGCUCCUGUUGUUUUUUCUCUGGGGCUUGGGCUGGAUGACAUGCUGGAAAGAUGCACUCCUUCGUGUACUCUCAACAACAGGUUCGCACAUGUGUGGUUGGUUUGUUUUCCUAUGAAGUGUCUUAAGCUUUGAAGAAAAAAAAAAUAUUCCAGCGUGCUUAUAUGAAGAGACUCUACCUGGAACUAACCAGAGGUACAGGCUUUAAUGUCAGAAGAUUGUUACAAGAUGAUUAAACUUGAUAGUUGUGUAGAUCACACAGUUUAACAACCAUAAUCUGUCAGUGUUUAAAUACAGCACAGCGGGAUGCUGUGCUUGGUUAUAGCAGUAUUGGACUGAAGCAGCUCUGCCCAAGUGGCAGAACUACAGUAGAGUUUUUGUACAUCUAGAACUUACUCCCACAGUGUGCACUACAUGGGCCCUUCGAAACUUGAGCCAGACCCUGGACAUCCAGACAUCAGAGUCUGGCAGUAGCAUAACCUGGAUCAGAAUUUGGCCUUGUGGCCUGAGCAGAGCUAAGUUACCCACUGCCCUCUCUUUCCCCAGGCCAUACAUCCGAGGGACAGCUGAAACCUGUAAUUCUUCAGAGUAAAUGUCAUUUUUAGUUUGGAAAAAUUGAGGUAGUAAAAUUCCUUUUGGCUUUAAAUGCUACUUAAAAUUCCAGGCCAUCCUAGCAAUUGUGGAAAGAAAAUAAUGGGGCAUGGUGUAGUGAAAUAAUGCAAAGUCUGCAUUAAAAUGUAUGCCCCACACCUGUACUGUUGUGAUCCUAAUUAAUCUGCUUGCCUGUCUUUUCUGAUAAAUUAGUUUACUUGGUGCCUCAUAACAGUCAGCCUGAAGUAAUAGUAAAUUAUUUUCUUCUGGGGAGGAGGGGGAAUUGGGAGAGAGACCUAGGACUCAGUGGGUAUGGCUGAUUUUUUUAAUAUAUGUCUUGAUUUGAUACCCUUCUGAUUUAAAUAAAACUAGAAUCAAGCUCUGAGGAAAGCAGGGUUGCUCUGACAUUCCCAGUACUGAUUUCAAGGCAGCCACCUCCUGUUUUUAAACUUCCAGAGUUAAGGAUCUGAAAGUUAGUAGAAAUAAGUUGUUUAAAGCAGGAGGGGCAAAAAGUAUAAGAGGGGCCAUUAAUUAACAGCAAAUAUGAUUGGAAAAGAAAUCCCAAUUUUUUAAAGUCUGCAGAUCCUGACAGUGAGCAGUUGAGGUUGUGAUUGACACUCUCAAAGAUAGUCCAUUUUCACUCGACACAGGAUUAAACCAUGCUAGUCCCCAGUGAAAAAAGUGAGAGUCUUAUUCUAGCAGCUGGUGUAAAAACAUUGCUUUUUUUUUUACCAUAAAAUUGAGGCCAAAAGAAACAGGCUAAUACAACAAUAUGAAUCAUUCCAUGAAAUAUGUAUUUGCUGUUCAGUACAUCAGAUCAUCUAGAAACUCACCUUUCUAAUAUGCAGGACCUAAACAGCAGGUGAGGUAGUGCUUUUAUCAUGGAGCACUAAGUGAAGUUUAGGGGUAGUGGAGGCAGUAAAAUUUAAAACAUGAAGGAAUAGGCCAUGUGAAGUGUGAGAGACUGCUCUGGGGGCUUUUUGCCUCACACAUCUUGUGUACACAUCCAUCCCCUAUGUUCUGAAGCUUUCAGGAAUAAGUCGUUCAAUGUCACGAACAGAAACACAGGCUCAGAUGCAGUUUUUGGAGCCCAAGAGUAGAAAAUACUGUAAUAUUUAAAAUGCUGUCUAAUAAAGCAUUGUGCC